AUGGGGAUGGUCAUGAGUUACAUGGGAGGAACAGGUGAGGGAAUAGCCUCCCAAACUUUAAGUCUUGUAUCUGGAGCACUCUAUGAUCAAUUUAUGAAGAAAGAUAUCAAAAACUUUGAUUCCUUCCACACUGCCAUUCUUGAUAUCUUCAACAAUAUCAACAUGGCCUUGCCUGGUAAGCAUUAUGACGCACCAUCGAACGAGGAAAUUGAGGAAUUUUUUAAAUUAUGGAAUAAAUCAGAGGAAGAAGACAAGAACAAAAUUUUCACUGAUUUCAUGAUUAAGAAUGUAAAUAUCAGCAAAGUCGAUGAUUCUAUGAUGAUCACCGGAAUCGUUGCACCUCCAGCAGCUAUGGUAGCUAAACGAUCAGGACAAUCUUUGCCUCAGCUAAGUCUCAUGAAAUCCAUACCUGAUGUUAUCUUUGUCCCAACCGCUACGAUUUUGGCUCUCAUUGCUGUCAAAGUUACCAAAAGAAUGACAUUGAAGAAAUUGAAUCCUAUUUAA